AUGGACUUUAAUGAAUUGGUCAAAACAACAGGUGGACUUUUAUCAUUUAAUAACUUUUUGUCGACAAGUCUUGAUCGAGAAGUAUCUCUUGCCUUUGCUGAGAGUAAUCACAGUGAUCCUCAUCUUAUAGGUGUUUUAUUUGAAACAACUAGCAAUCCAUCAACAUCAACUACUGUUUUCGCACAAAUUCAUGAUGUCAGUUAUUUCGAAGGAGAAAAAGAAAUUCUCUUUUCCGUGAAUUCUAUUUUCCGUAUUGGCUCAAUAAAAGAAAUCGAUGGAAAUAAUCGUCUUUGGCAAGUCGAUUUAACAUUGACCAGUGACAAUGAUCCUGAAUUGCUUGCACUUACUGAAGGAAUGCGCCAAGAGAUCUAUUCAUAUAUUGACGGAUGGAAUCGUUUGGCACUCGAAAUUCGUCAAAAAGCUCUGCCUUCAAAUCAUCCUGAUUUGGCUACUUCUUAUGACAACAUUGGAGUGGCAUAUUCCAACGUCGAUGAUUAUUUAAAUGCAUUGUCAUCUCAUCAGAAAGCACUGAAUAUUCGUGAAAAAGCUCUUCCUUCAGACCAUCCUGAAUUAAGUCCUUAUUACAACGUCAUUGCGGAAAUCUCACUACCAUCAAAUCAUCCAUAUGUUCAAUUAUAUGGAGAUAAUCUCCAACGUGCGAAAAAGAAAGUGUAA